GGUGCUGGGAGGAGUCUGCUGAAUCACCCCCACCCCUGCAGAGCCCUUCCCUCAAGUAGGCUGAUAGGACUGAGAUCGCCCUGGAAGAUGACAGGCUGUUUCCAGACUGACCUUGAGAACUUGACCUCAUUAGCCCCCAUUUGUAUCCAACAGUACCAAGGGGUCGGGUGGGGCCUGACUCACCAGCCCUUGAGUAGGCCAGGGGUCAGAGAAUCACAGAGCAGGGGGCAUCUCCAACAUUAACAGGGCCUGGCAUGUAGAGGGAACUGAAGGGCUGAGUAGAUCUCAGUUUGUUAGGAUUUUCCAGUAAACUGUACCGUCAGAGCCUUCCGGGCUGGGGAGGGGGAGGGAGUGUACAGUGAUCAGUAUGGUUUCUUGGCUUCACUGUACCCUCUCCACUUCCCCAAAAGGAAGGGAGAAACAGAGCCUGGCUUGGGCUUUGAUAUCUUAUUUGUCACUGCUGCCGUGUCCUCCUCUCCUUAAAUUCCUACCUCUCCGGGGAACUUCCCAAGCCCUCUGGGUGGGGCAGAGUAGGUGCCAGUAAGCCAACUUUGUCGAGGCUGAUGGCACGGGCCACUGAGCCCUGAACUACAGGAGAGCCUAAUGUGUACCAUCCUGGGCGAGCAGCUCCCUGAGGUCAGGGCCCAUCCUACCACCUAGCAGUACUGAUGGACCCUCAGUUUGGGCAGAGUGCCAUGCUACACAUGCCCGGCCCAGGGCCCUGCCUCUAACACUGUGGCCCCUGAUAUUAGUAAUAGCUACUGUUAUUUAAACACAGGCACUUUGCAGGUGUUAUUUCUAAUCCUUUCAAUAGUUCUGUGAAGUGAGCACUCUACCAUCCCCAUUUUACAGGUGAGAGACUCAGUGAUUCGGUCACGGGCACACAGCCUAAUAAAGAACGGCCUUGGGCUUUCAACUCCAGGUCUGCUGACCAACCCCCAAACCCACACCCUUUCCCUUGUUCCAGGGUAGGCAUUACAGAUCCACAGGCCAGUGAACCUACUAGAUAGGUGCCAUGUAUGGCCAGACACUGUGGCUGGGCCUCAGGGGCUUAAGGAGAGAUGACUUUGAGGCUCAGGUCUAGCGUGUUGGGAAGGAAGUGCUGAGGCAGAGUCCCGAGACCUGGGCUUGGGGAAUCCUGAGGCUGAGGGUGAGGUUUGCCCAGGAGGUGCCUUGUGAACUGGUCUCUGAAGAGUUGGAGCUCCCCCCAGGGGCCGGAGGUCAUUCCAAAAUGGGGAAACAGAGGCACUGGAGGCACAGAAGGGAGACCAGCUGGCCAUGGUGUGUCCUGGGAGCAGCCAGUGAUCUGGACAGUAUUGGAGGAGGGGUAUCAACCCCAUAGCAAGAGAAGAGUGCCGGGGACCCUUUUGCUAUCUGAGGGAUUUAGCUCCUCACCCGGUCUUCUCUCUGUGAGUUGGGGCUCAGGGAAGAGGGGAGCUGCCGCCCUGCCUGAGGGUGCCCAGGAAACCAGUCCCCCUUGCCCGUUGGUAGUGGAGGUGCCGGGGCUCUGGGCAGCAUGAAACACCAAGAGAGGGUGGAGUCCAGCUCCAGGAGAGGCUGGACAGGUGGGGCCGCUCCUCCAGGGCUGGGUGUGAACGUACACCUGUGCAUGUGAUGCUGCAGGAGAGGGUGGAAGUAGUCGUUCAGCGCAUUUCGUGAAUAUUUACCAGGUGAGCCUGGUACUGUUCUGGGAACUGGGCACGCGGCAGUGAGCAGAGCAUGGGAGUCCCUGUUCCAGUGGAAGAAGGCAGGCAGGAAACAGCCCAGCAAACAUAUAAUAUGUCUGGGGUGAUGUGUGCUGGGAAGACGAAUAAAGCACGGGAAGGGAGUGGAGGUUGGGGCUAAACAGGGUGUCCAGGGAAGGCCUCUCCAAAGGGACCAGAAUGGAGGGAGGGGACAUCACAGAGACCUAGGGGAGGAACAGACAGGACAGCAGGAACAAGCGUCCAGGGCUGGGAACAUGCUUGAUGUGUCCAGGGAACAGUGAGGGACUGGUGUGGCUGGAGCAGAGGGUUCCAGGGGAGGAGGCCAGGGGAAGAGGAGGCUUACAGGCCAGGGUGGGGACUUGGGCCUUUACUCUGGGGCAGCUGGAAGCUCUUGGAGGUUUGGGGCAUUGGGAGGUGUGGUCUGACUUUUACUGGGAUCCCUCUGACUGCUGCGUUGAGAAUAGACUUGGGACGAGGACAGGAGGCGGUCAGGAAGCUGUAGCAGGUGAGAGAUGUGGCUCGGGCAGGUGAUGGUAGUGGUGAGCAGUGGCAGCUACUGGCUGGAUUUUGAAGGAUUUGUUGAUCGUUCAGAUGUGGAGCGGAGGGCACUGGGCUCUCCACAGGCCCUGCCUGGAUGGCUGUUAAGCUCUUUGGGGUCUUUUGACAGCUCGCUCCCCAGCCAGCACAGGCUCUGGAGGCAGCCACGUUUGGGUUCACCGGGUCCCAGCCCAGCACUGAGGGAAGCCCACGUGUCCCUGGGGUCAGCUCUGCUGCAUCCAGGCUGGGGGGCUGUAGGCAGGCCUCUCUGAGCUUCAGUCUUCUCAUCUCCAUAGCUCCUGGUAGCGGGUGCAGUGAGUAAAGGAGAGGAUGUCUGCAGGGAGCCAGCGUGGGCCACUGCCAGCCCAGAUUUGUUUCUAGUGGAUGGUCUGCAGGCCUGUUCGGUCUGCUGUCCUCCGUCCCCGAGCCAGCUUCCACCCAGACCGGCCAGCAGCAGAACACAGGCCAAGGCCGACCUCUUCUGCACGCAGAGCCUCUGCCUCCUGCCCCGCUGUGGAUUCUCCAUUAACCUGGGCAUUAACAGGGGCUUGGUCCAGAGCAACCCCAGCCCUGGCCUGAAGCCGUCCCCCAGAGGCAGUCAGAGCUCGAGGCCGUGUUUCCGCCAAAGAGGCAGGGGUGUCAUGUUAGCUCACCGUUCUGCAGCGAUCGCUCUGCGUCAGGGACUGUUCGGGGCCAUUAUGUGUAAUAAGUCGCUUAGUCCUUAUAAUACCUCCAAGAAGUAGGUACUACUGUUACCCCCAUUUUACAGGGAGAAAACUGAGGCACAGAGAGGUUCAAUGACUAGUAAGGUGGGAAUCCAGGCUUUGAAUCUUCUCCUGGCUUGACAUCCAGUCCUUUCUUGGCUUCACCGAUUCCUCCUGAUUUGUGCUGAGUUAGGGACCCGUCAGGGAAGCCCCCGUGGCUAGUGCCAGCAUUUCCUGAGCAGUGCAGCAUGGGGGAUGUGUUUUGAGCCCAUGUCUCCUGUCCCCUCAGCCUGGGGAGAGGGUUUGGAGGAGCCGCACUGCUCCGAAGUGAGAAUCAUUUCUGGAUGUGGAUGAGACUUGUUCCGUCCCCUCGGGGUCACAGAGCGCAGCUGGUGGAGGGAACACUAGCUAGAACUUGAGUGGCUCGGCCCAGCCCUCUGUGGGAAGCUGGGCAGAGGAGAGGGUGAGAGGACCUCAGAGGGAGCCGUGGUGGCCUGGUGGCCGUGGUUGACGCCUAUGGCACGCUGACUCUGUGGUGCCGCGCUCCCCACGCACCGCUGUCUCCUGUGAUCCGCCAGGUGGCCCAGGCUCAGUACAGGUCUCCCCCGUUUCCAGGUGCAGCCUUGGAGGCUUGCUGAGUGAGGGAGGGACAUCGCUCACAUUGCAGACUUGCCUUGGCCAGGAAACGCCGGCCGGAGCUUCUGGCCUCGGGUGUGACUGAGGCCUGGGAAGGACCCAGUCUGUGCCCCUGCCACCUAAGAACCGUGGAGAUUGGACCCUGGGGGAGGCGGGGGUGGGGGGAGCAGGCACCAGUGGGAAGGGGUAGUAUCAGAGAUCAGUCCCAGGCCCCACGCUCCAGAGCCUGUGCCGGGAGCCAGGGCAGCCCCCCACCUCCCGCCGCAGCCCCUCCCUGGGGAGACACAUUUGCCUGGAGCUGCAGUAGCUGGGCCCUUAGUGCACAAGGUGAGGGAACCUGGGCUGAAGGCUUGGACAGCUUGCUCUGGGUCACCAGGCGGGUGAACUGUGGAGCUCACAUUUGAACUCAGGCCUUUGGGGGUGACUUUACUACUGUGGUGUAAGCCCCACCCCCUCCCGCACCCCACUUAAUCUCCCUCUCACCUGGACGGCCUUGCCAGUUGCUGGUUCCAUCCAAGCACGUGCCAUCCUUCUCCCGACCUGUACGUAAAUGCCAGCCUGAGGCGGUAGCAAUCAUUGCUGCCUUUGUUAUCAUGGUAAAGCAUACACAGCGUCACAUUUACCGUUUCAGCCAUUUUCAGGUGGACAGUUCUAUGGCAUUAAGUAUAUUAGCGUCCCCUUUACUUAAUGCAGCUGAAGAAACCGAGUCUCAGAACGGUUCCCUUUGCCCCGGCUCGCACGGCUGGUGAGGGCAGACUGAGACUUGAGCCCUGGCCGCAGAGUCCAGUCCUCUUUGCACAGUACAGCUGCCUGCUGCUGUCCGCUGAGUCGGGCCCCACCCAAAGCUCCUGCUGCGCUCGGGCUAGUGUUUCCUGGGGCGAGUAAGAGAAGGCCUGGGCGGGGGCGUGAGGGCCCACCCCUCCCCUUUGCCCGCUGAGCUUUCCCUGGGCCCAGAGACCUGCCUUGCCCACUCCUCCCCACGCCUCUUUCCCUUCAGACCCAGGAUGAUAAAACCUCCAGUUUCCCCUCCCUCCCCGCCACCCUCCCCAAGCCUCAGGCGCUCAGCUUCCGCAAACACAUCAAGGGUCAAGUCUGCAGGCAGCCCAGGCGGACUCCUUCAUGCCACACGUGCUGCUCCACUCCCGACGCCUCUGAAGGCGCUUGGGAAGGGCCGGUGACAGCAGGUGGUGGGCUUGGCAGGAGGCGCUGCUCCCAGGGGGCUGCGCGGCAGCCCUGGCGGGGGCGGUGGGCAGAGGCCAGGCCAAGCUGCUCUGCCGGCAGCUGCCACCUUCCAUCCUCCAGGGUCAGGGCAGUUCCAGGCCAAGGUGGCUUUCACCUCUUAGACUGGCAGGUGGUCGGAGGGAGCUCAAAAGCCUUUUGAAGUCGUCUGAAUGAGUUAUUUUCAAACCACACCCAAGGAGGCGCCUCAGAGGUGACCAUGGAUGGAGUCUGAGGAGAGGCUGACCGGUGGGGCCCUCUGUGGCCGCGUCUUGUGGCAGGACCCACACAGUCCUGCUUUUAUCUGUUUUCUAUGUUGAGGUUCUUUUUUUUGGCUGCACCCAGGGAGUGAACCCAGGCCCUCGGCAGUGAAAGCACAGAGUCCUAACCACUGGACCACCAGGGAAUUCCCGUAUAUUGAGAUUCUAAGUAAGGUUUUCUUGUUGCUGUUUCGUUUUAAGUUAAACCAUGGACCUUUUUCCCACAUAGAGAAACGGAGGUUUGCUAAGAAGGACUUGCCCAAAGUUAUUCAGGGUUAGUGGCUGCCCUCAAACUGGGGCUCAGGUCUUAACUCCUGACCACUGCCCAUUCUACCCUACCAGCUCUUGCUUAUUUGGACCCGGAGUUUCUUUCCUGGGGGAGGGUAAUGUAGAACCCUUCUCUCUCUGCCUCUUGGCCAGGCGCCCCCACCCCUGCUUCAGAGCUCCCGGGGUUGGCUCCCUCACAUCCCUUUGUCCACAGCUCACCCGGGCUCCCCCAACACCUCUGCUCUCAGCCCCUGUCUGUCUCUCGCUUCCACAGGGAUAUCUAGGUGUGUGAGUGUCAGUGCUAUUGCCACUCUGAGUGUGUCUCACACCCAAGCUGUUGCCACCCAAGUCCUGUCCCCAGAAAGGAAGGGGAAAGCCAGGGGGAAAGACAGACAGACCCUGGAGCAGACUGGGAGUGGGGAAGUCACAGCGCCCUGCCAUGAGAUAGGGAAGAGGGAGAGGGGGAAGGCAGGUAGAAAAGAGGAGAGAGAGGGAAACAUGAGAGAGACUGAUCCGAUGGGGGUGGAGAGAGACUCACAGAUGGGAGAGAGAUGGAGAGGAAGAACCAGAGAGGGGGCGAAAUAAAGAUGGACGUGGGAGAGGGUACAGAGACACUUCUAAAGAAAGGUAGAGAGGUAGCUUGUGAGAGAGACAGAAAGGGGGAGGAGAGAUGGAGACAGGUCUGGCAGGAGACAAGAGGGCUAUUAGAGACAAGCGAAUGUCACCUGCCCUGGGGCUGCGGCCCUGUCUCAGUGAGGGAUGCGCUGAGUGUGCGGUCUGGCACCAGAUCCAGCUGAUGGACGUUGGGGGGUCCCAUUGCCUGCGGCCUGUCACAUCCCCUCCUCUGACUGCCGCCUUCCAGAGCUGGGCCCAGCCUUCCUUCAAUACCCUCCAGCCGUGCCGCUGAGGCCCGGCCCUCUCUGCCUGGAGGUGGGGGCCGCCAGGAUGAGCAAGCUGUCUGGGGAGCCGGCCCGUGACCUGGAGCGCAGCCUGCCAGCCGUGGCCUCCCUCGGCUCGUCGCUGUCCCACAGCCAGAGCCUCUCCUCGCGUUUCCUCCCGCCGCCUCGCGAGAAGCGCCGGUCCAUCUCCGACGUCCGCCGCACCUUCUGCCUCUUUGUCACCUUCGACCUGCUUUUCAUCUCCCUGCUCUGGAUCAUUGAGCUGAACACCAACACAGGCAUCCAGAAGAACCUGGAGCAGGAGAUCAUCCACUACAGCUUUAAAACUUCCUUCUUUGACAUCUUGGUCCUGGCCGCCUUCCGCUUCUCCGGACUGCUCCUGGGCUAUGCUGUGCUGCGGCUCCGGCACUGGUGGGUGAUUGCGGUAAGAUGCCACUUUCCUGGCAGCUCUCAGGCCCUGGCGGGGCUGGCGCAAGAGAUGGGAUGGAGGAGGCCUCACUCCCCAGCCUCUGUGUUCGCUCUCUUCCUCCUUCCCUCCCCUGGGCAGGUCACCACGCUGGUGUCCAGUGCAUUCCUCAUUGUCAAGGUCAUCCUCUCUGAGCUGCUCAGCAAAGGGGCCUUCGGCUACUUGCUUCCUAUCGUCUCCUUCGUCCUCGCCUGGUUGGAGACCUGGUUCCUUGACUUCAAAGUCCUACCCCAGGAGGCUGAGGAGGAGCGAUGGUAUCUCGCUGCCCAGGCUGCUGUCGCCCGAGGACCCUUGCUCUUCUCCGGCGCCCUGUCCGAGGGCCAGUUCUAUUCACCCCCAGAAUCCUUUGCAGGGUCUGACAAUGAAUCAGAUGAAGAAGUUGUUGGGAAGAAAGGCUUCUCUGCCCAGGAACGGGAGUACAUCCUCCAGGGGAAGGAGGCUAUGGCGGUGGUGGACCAGAUCUUGGCCCAGGAGGAGAACUGGAAGUUUGAGAAGAAUAAUGAAUAUGGGGACACUGUGUACACCAUCGAGGUUCCCUUUCAUGGCAAGACCUUCAUCCUGAAGACCUUCCUGCCCUGCCCCGCGGAGCUGGUGUACCAGGAGGUGAUCCUGCAGCCCGAGAGGAUGGUGCUGUGGAACAAGACGGUGACAGCCUGCCAGAUCCUGCAGCGAGUAGAAGACAACACCCUCAUCUCCUACGAUGUGUCUUCGGGGGCCGCGGGUGGUGUGGUCUCCCCCAGGGACUUCGUGAACGUCCGACGCAUUGAGCGGCGCAGAGACCGAUACCUGUCAUCGGGCAUCGCCACCACCCACUGCGCCAAGCCCCCGACACACAAAUAUGUCAGGGCCGCCUGCCCCGGUACCUCAUCCACCAGAGCCUCGCAGCCACCAUGUUUGAAUUUGCCUUUCAUCUGCGGCAGCGCGUCGGAGAGCUGGGUGCACGGGCAUGAGCGUGCCCCCUCAUCACCCUGCGGGCCAGGGUCCUGUCGCCACGGCCUCCAGAGCCAGAGGAGGGGUCGGUUGGGCUUCCCGCUGCCCACAGAGGACCUGGCCUCCAACAGUGGGGAGGAAGGGGCUUCCUCCCACAGCAGCCCCUCGGCCCCAAGCCGCCACCCUCCACGCGCUUCACUGUGCCUGGAAGCCCUGGCCGUGGGCAGGUCGAGAGCUCAAGCGUCUGACUCUGCCGCUGAGGCCAGUGGGGUCCAUCCUGCCGACGUUUACAUGGCGUCCCUGCCUCCUGGAAGAGGAGAUCCGCUGUCCCCACCUGGCCAGGCUGGGGUCUGGAAUGGGAACCUCGGACUUGGUUGGGGAGGACCCUGGGCAGGACAGAAGUCAGGGCAGCCUUGUCACCAUUGUGAAGGCGCAGGACCCCCUUCUUCCGCCUGCUCUCAUCACCGUGUUUUAGGAUUACUUAAAGGGUCUGGGACCUUUUUCCACUUGCACUUGUUGGGGUGUAGGUUGCAGGUGGGAGUGGUGGGUGCUGGCAGGGAGCCUGCCUCUCCCAGGUUCUCUUCAGGUUGCCUCCCCACCCCCCCACCCCGCCCAGGGCCUCGUUGGGGACCUUUGUAAUUUGAGCCAAUUAAAGACAUGAAC